GUAACAUUCACAGUAAACUCUGGGCUUGCUGCGCAUGAACCGUGCGCUGUCAAGCUUCCUCCUCCGACACAGUUUUCUCGUGCUGAUUCUGUUGUGGAAAAGGCAGCGUCGACCAUCAAUCUCCCCACCAGCUUCGGUCUAGCUAUUGUUCCUACUGUGUAUUACCAUCGCAUCGCUUUAUUUCAACCCCGGUUCGAUGGCGUGUUGACGCGCUGAGACGUCAAUUUGAAGACACGAACCUGCUUCGCGUGCGCCAGGAACGCGCACCAUCAAAAUGGCUGAAGCGGCAGCUGUGGGAGUGAUGGCGGCAGGCGGCGGGCCGGGGCUAGGCCCAGAAGGCAAUGCUCUUUCGAUGCCGUCGCUGACGCCGGAUGAACGUCGCGAAAUCGAGCAGUACAGUAAGCUACUGCGAUUCCGCGACGAGGUCAUCAGUGGUUUGCAUCCUCGCAUCAAGCCAUCCCAUCUCGUGGGGAAAGCUGGUGCCCAAAGCCAGAACGCGCCAGCCGCAUCCACAUCCGCACCCGCUCCCGCUCCCACAACGCAGCAGUCAGUCGCUGCGAGGAGCACUGCAAACAGCGGCCGCCCCGUAAUUGACAAUCUCCAGUCUUACCAAGCAAACCAGCAGCUGGCGCAGGUAAAUAUGGGCUCGAGCUUGCCGGGCCUCGACACGCUGUCGCGAGCCUCGAGCGGCGCGAAACCGCGCCAAGUUGGAAAGCCUGAGAUCAAUCCGGUUCUUCUGGAAAAGUCUGACGACUUGAUCAAGGCCGAAAUCCAGCUGCAGCGACAGCGCAUCGAGCGCAGUCUCAAGGAGCAAUUUGAGCAGCGCCGUGCUGCCAACAAGGCAUCGGAGCAGCUGGCUGAACUUGACGUCGCCGACAUCUUGGCAAAGGCCAUGUCGCUGGUCCACGCCACUCCGCCUGCCCAGUCUACUGACGACACAGCUGCUAACGGCUCAGCAUCGAGCGAUUCAUUUGAUGAUGAUAACUCUUUCUACUCCAGCCGCCAUGACACGCCCGAGUCGAAUAUGGCAGCCCGGCUACCCAACGAGUCUGAGGAUGAAGAGAUGCGGGAAGGAUCGCCUUACGAGCCGGAGCUCGAUUUCGAACCUGUCGCGCAACCACAACCAGCUGAGCCCGCCGCGCUGCCCGCCGCGCUGCCCGCUCCGACCAUACCUGGGGCGGCUUCUCCGCAGCCUCAACCACUGCCUAGUGCGUCCGCACCGGUUCAUCAAGGCACUUUGGCUGCCGAAGUAACAGUCCCUGGUCUGUCCAUCGGCGCUAGUAGUUCUUCAAAGGUUUACCAGCCUCAAGCGGCCGAGGCCGCGCCCGCGGGACAGAGCAGCGCUGGGAGUAGGACGGAGUCUUCCGGUCGGGCAGGUGACAGGGAGCAGGGCGACGCACACGGUUUUGCCCAGGUCAACGAGCGGUCGCUCGGCGAGGCUCUGGCUCGCGAGCCCCCUGUGAUCCGCGCCCAUGACCUCUCCCCAUUCGCCCCUCAACCCACCCAUGCGGUACAUGCAGCACUCACAAGCGAGCCGCAGCUAGCGUCAGGUCAACCCAGCGGCGGCCCUCAAGUCGCACCGCCCCAGGUUACUGCCUUGAGAAAGCAAGGCUCCAAUGGCUCGAGCCCGGACAGCUCGCCGCAGGGCAGCAGAACUGCCGAGAAGAAGAAAAACAAGAAGAAAAAGAGAAAAGCUGACCGGCUAGCCGCUGAAACCGCGGCCGCGUCGCCGUACAUCAAGCCGGAACCCCGGUCGCCCUCUCCCUUGACACCUCAGUAUGCUCGCCCCAGCAAGCGCCAACGGCAUUCGCAACAACAGCCUUUGGAGGUCCAGGAUGAUGAGCCUAGGUUUGAGCAACGAAUGCCGGUUGAGGAGGGGUACCAGGAGCGCUACCAUCCCAGGGUUGUGAGGCAAGAACGCGUGGUUGGUUAUGAACGAGUUGAUCCUUAUGGCUCUCGUCACGAAGAGCCCAUCCUCGUUACUUCGCCGAGGUACGAGAGAGUCUAUUACGAUGAUCACAGAGCCCCCCCCUCGAGCCAUUAUCCGCCCGGACCAGAGCCCGCCCAAUAUGUUCCAAGGGAAGUACGUACCGUGCGGCCUGCGGCCCGCCUCGUCGAGGCUCCGUAUGAGGAGGAUGCUGCUUACUACCGCGACGGGCAUGCUGCGUCGAGGAUGAGUGUCCGUCCCGCUGCAUAUCCCGACCGCUCGCAGUCGCCGGCCGGCUACGAGCGGCCGCCUGCAGCAAUGCCUCCGCCGAGGGCGCCACCCCGACGCGUCAUCAUCGACUCUUUCGGCCGCGAGUAUUUGGAACCGGCGCGGACAGCAACCGUGGUUCGCGAGGAGGUAACGGCGGAACCCAGGGGUCCCUACGAGCGAGCGCUCCCCCCGCGUGCACUCUCUCGCCGGCCCGAGACGUUUGAUGACGACGCAAUCCUUUAUCGCCCGGCCUCACCGGCUUAUGCAGUCCCCAGGCGCGUCGUGACGCAACCCGAGUACUCCUACCGCGAAGAUGCCCGUCAAAGCAGCGCCAUGCCGCCCCCGCCGAGUGACUACUUGCCGGCCCGGCCGGAGCCUGGGCGGGAAUACAUGGCUCGCGCGUCGAGCGUCCGCCCACCUGUUGAACCGCAUCGCUACGACGCCGUGCCACCCACCUACGAGCGGAUCCAGCCGCCCAGCGACGACCGCAUGCCGCGUGAUUACUACCGCGCUGCCAGCGCGCGCCCAGCAGACGGCGCCGCACGUUACGAAGUCCCCGUUGCCUAUGAGAGACGCCUCGGGCCAAAUGAACAAGCCGUUCAGGUGCCGGAGCGAGACUACGCACCGCCGCUGAGACCAGCGAGCGUGCGCCCUGCCGCGGAGGCCCCGGUCCGGUACGAAGUACUCAGAGAGUACCCACCCCGCCGGGCGGACUAUGCUCCCGCUUCCCUUCCAGCAGGGUAUCCCGAUGUGAGGAGGGAGACGAUGACGAGGCCGAUGCCGCCGCCGCCUCCACAUGCGGCUCCGAGGGCGUACAGCGUCAUCCCCGGCGAGGGAGCCGCGCCGGCCGUGCGGAGCGAGUAUCCCGCGCCGCCGCCACCGCCGCCGCCGGCGGAGAGAUACUACGGGCGGCCGCUUCCUCCGCAGGGGAGGGAGGACGAGGAGGUGGUGUUUUUGGAUCGGCCGCCGUUGGCGAGAGACGGGUAUCGGGAGAUGCGGUAGACGCCCCCCUAGCAUGGAAUGCAGUCGGUGGGUGACGGUUGGGUUGUGACGGGCGCGAAGGGCUGUUUGUGGGAUUAUGUAUAGUUAUUGUAGCGAUGAAUCUGGCUGGACUUGCAUUUGGAGCUUGGGUUGGGCAAGGGGACACUGGGUCGAAAUUGCCCGAUAUCACGAUUCUGUCGUG